UUUCGGUUUAGUCUAUCGUGGCGUGUUGAAAACUGACGACGGUGUGGAAAUGGAAGUGGCUAUAAAAACACUACAUGAGGGAAGUAGUAUCAAGGACAGUAUACCUUUUCUGAGAGAGGGUGUCUUCAUGAAAGACUUCAAACAUAAAAACGUUUUGCGUUUAAUCGGUGUGUGUCUUCAUCAGAAAGAAUGUCCAUUGGUUAUCCUUCCGUAUAUGAAAAAUGGCAAUUUGUUGGGGUACAUACGAAACCCUGAGAAGGAGCCGACUGUUAGGGAUCUCAUUACAUUCGGUUUACAGGCCGCGGAGGGAAUGAAAUAUUUAUCUUCGUUAAAAUUUGUGCAUAGAGAUUUAGCAGCUAGAAAUUGUAUGCUUGACGAUGAACUGAAUGUCAUGGUGGCUGACUUUGGAUUAUCUCGAGAUAUUUAUGAACAGGAAUAUUACAGUGCAAAAGACAAGCAUACUAAAUUACCUGUCAGAUGGAUGUCACUGGAAUCACUAGAACGAAAUAUUUAUAAUACAAAAACAGAUGUGUGGUCAUUUGGUGUUGUCAUAUGGGAACUGAUGACCCGUGGUGUGACACCGUAUCCAUCCGUAGAUAAUUGGGACAUAGCAAAAUAUUUAAGGAAAGGGAAGAGGUUAAUGAAACCACAGUACUGUUCAGAUGAAUUGUAUGACAUUAUGUUAGAUUGUUGGUCAAUCGAGCCUGAAAAACGACCAACUUUUUCUGAUUUGGUGUACCAGUUAAAAAAGCUGCUGGCGUCUUUUGGGAACUCUAAAUUUCUGGAUCAAGAAGCUGUUUAUGUAAAUGUGCCAAGGAGCGACUCUUACACAAAAGCUACCAGAGGAACACCAUCAACUUUGACCCCAUCCACCCCUUCAUUGUCAUCGCCAGAGUUGCCUGAAGCCAAAUAUAUGAACACUUAAUAAGUCAAGUUGUAAGUCAGAGGCCGCUUUGUAUGUAUGUUUCAUGAAAUAUUGUUGUCGUGACAGCAAGGAUUGCUAAGAAACCCAUUAGAGUCAUGAUUGGUACCAGUAUAAUUUAACAUCUUGCUCGACAAUCAACGAUUUUGAUAGAUAUGUCUACUCCAUUGUUCAUCAAGAGCCGUUUUUGUGACAUUGACAUUGACAAUGAUUCUGCCACCAGGCAAUUAUUAAGUGGAACUGACAUUCAGGAUCAUGGAGGAUUUUCAGACAAAAAUUGUUGUAAUAGGUUUUCAAGAGCUGCUUUUUUUUUAUUAGCAUUUUCAUAGGCAUUAUAAUACUAUAUCUAUGUAUGGUAUUUAAUGAUCCCAUGCAGAUGUUUCCUGUGUUGGUGAAAUAAAGACUCAUUAAUUAACCC